AUUAUGUUAAAUUAUUAUAAUUAUAGUUUUCUUGUGUGAGCAUGUGGUGCACAUAACAUCAUAACCUACAUUGUAUGGGAAUUUUAUUUUCAAAACUUUGGACAUAUUUCACUGAUAAAGAACAUAAAAUUAUAAUCAUUGGUUUAGACAAUGCCGGAAAAACAACUAUUUUAUAUCAAUUUCUUAUGAAUGAGGUAGUUCAUACAUCUCCCACAAUUGGAAGCAAUGUUGAAACGAUAAAAUGGAAAAAUAUUAAUUUUGUUAUGUGGGAUAUUGGAGGACAGGAAUCUCUAAGACAAUCCUGGAGUACCUACUUUAUUAAUACAGAAUUUAUUAUAUUUGUAUUGGAUUCCUCUGACAAAGAAAGAUUAUCACUCUCCAAAGGAGAGUUUCACAAAAUAUUAACUAAUGAAGAUCUCAAAAAAGCAGCCAUACUAAUAUUUGCCAAUAAACAAGAUAUUAAAAGCUCUCUAUCUGUGGCAGAUAUAUCUAAAUUUCUAAAUUUAACCUCACUAAAAAACCAUGCAUGGCAUAUUCAAGCCUGUUGUGCCUUAUCUGGUGAAGGCUUGUAUCAAGGAUUGGAAUGGUUAUCCAAUAAAGUCAAAAAUCAAGAGGUAUCAUGAUUAAGAUAUCAAUGAGUUUAUUAAAGAUUCAAUUGCUCAUAUAAUAAAAUUAAUAUAAUAAACAAGGCAAUAUAAAUAUCAUUCAAAAAUAACAUUUCAAAUUUAAUACAUAUAUGUGGAUGUCAAAGAUCAUAUUGUGACUUAAUAUUGUAUGGAUUUUAUUU